AUGAUGAGGUAUCAGAGAGUAAGCCCAGAUUGUCUUCCCCUUACAAAUGGAGCAAAGAAGCCCUACUCGAGACCAUCACAUUCAAACGAAAACGCCGCCGUUACAACCAACCCCAUCGGGGGAUCAUGCACCAUAGACGGAGUAUCCAAAGGAUUCCGGUUCAGAUCCACUCAACAACAACAAGAUCCUAGCCCUGUCCGUGGAGGCGAUGUUCUGUUGCAGUGGGGACAGCGGAAGCGAUCAAGAAUCUCCAGAGCCGAGAUCCGAUCCUCCCCCACCAUACCCGCCGAUGAUUCUUCGUCUUCUUCUGGACAAGGUAAGAUUCAUUCAAACAAUCUCUUAAGAAGAUCCGUAAACCCGUCUAUGCCACCACCUGCACCUGUUUUCUCUGGCCGGAGUACAAACCCUAGAAACGGUUUCGUCGGCGGCAAGGAAAUUUUCCUUUCCAGGAAUCUAGAAGAUCGAUCAGCCAACGAAUCACCAUCAAGGAACAUAAACAGCCGUAUGGUGUCCAGAUCGACCGGCUCAAAGCGAUCUCCACCGUCUCCUGACCAAAUCGAGAAGAGAUCGAGCGUUAGAGACCAUCUUCAGAACCAUAGACAAAACGGGUUGGAUCAUAAUCGUGACCAACAGCAUCAAAGAGUGAGCAGAUCAGAAUCAACGGCUCAGGCUCAUCCAGAACUGGAGAUAAACAAAAACAAUGGAGAGAGAGAGAAAGCAACGCAAGUGGAAACAAGAGAGUGGCCAAGGAUCUACAUUGCCUUGUCUAGGAAAGAGAAGGAGGAAGAUUUCUUGGUUAUGAAAGGCACAAAGCUUCCUCACCGACCCAGGAAACGGGCUAAGAACAUUGAUAAAUCCCUCCAGUAUUGUUUCCCAGGGAUGUGGUUAUCUGAUUUGACCAAGAAUCGUUAUGAAGUUAGGGAGAAGAAAAAUGUGAAGAAGCAACCGAAACGGAGAGGAUUGAAAGGGUUGGAGAAUUUGGACACCGACUCCGAGUAAAUUUUGCUUGUUUUUUUUUGUAGUUUUCGAUUGAGUUUUAUAUAAGAAUUGAGGGGGACGUAGGUACGUGUGGCUUUCUUGUGAUGCUCGUGCCAACAAGAACCUAUAGUUGAUCGAGAGAGCUAUCGAGAAGUUCCCCAAAUUUUUUCUUUUGGUUCGUGUUAUUGUACCCAAAAAAGAAGGUGACAAUGCUUUCUACAUAAACAUAAGUCAGCUUUUCAAAAUUAUUCAACAAAAAUGAUAUGAAAAACGGAUGGUCUCUGUUUGGA